UUACUGAUCCUCUUCGACAAGAAAACAAGAAGAAUUAUGUAAAUUGCGCUUCGGUUGAAAAAGUAGCACAAACAACCUUGGGAUGCCCUUCCGUUUUUGCCUUGCCCAGCACCGGUCUAGGGCGGUUAAGCCACCUCCCAUAAUUUCUCCGGGACUUGGGGGCUCUUACAAAUACGGUCCGGGACAACCGAAAGACACAUCAGUUAACCGCUUGCAAUCCAACGUAUCAACAGUCCACUUUGCGUCAGCUCGUUUCACAUUAAAAACAAUCAUGAAGGUUUUUGCGUUCGUCUUCCUUGUCCUCGCCGUCGCUAUGGUCUCCGCUAAACCAGCUCCUCAAGACAUUAACUCAGCCAUUCUGGCUGUCAUCAAUUCCGCUGUGCCGAAUGUUCAGCCUGGUAGCUUUAACAGGCCACCUGCAGGCGGAGUUUCUUCUUUUGCUUCCGCCCAACAAAACACAGGUCCUUCCGGCCAGACUUUCUUCGCCGCUCAGACCGGAGUGGCUCAAGGAAGCUCAAGACCAUAAAUAAAUAAAAAAUCAUCCAGGAUCCAAGAGCUGCACACUUAAUCAUGAGCGAAUUUACAUGUGUUUGCUUUAGAUGACAAUGAAUAGCUCAAACGAUUGCAAAAAUGCAAUUUGUAAAAAAAAAAGAACAAAAAAAAUGAAAACAUAAAAUUACAGGGCCUUUUAAUGCGAACCUUUUGUUUACCUGUUUGUGUCCAUUAAUAAUUACAAUAAACUGUUCGCUCGAUACAAAUACAAUCUAUAUUCAAUCAAAUAUUUGAUUUCUUUGAAUACGAGUUGAAGUUACUGCGUCGGUGAUAGUAGCAAUAUCUAUGUUAACUUCGUAAAAAUUACAUGAAAUUUGAAAAC